AUGCAUACCAAUCGCCCCGAAAGUUACCCCGUCGAAGGCCAGGAUGCGGCACAGAUGUCUUGUAAGAUUUACGUGGGCAAUCUCGCGUGGGCGUUUGCGAAUCCAGAACAGGCAAAGCGCGCUAUCGAGACCAUGUAUGAUUCAGAAUUGCUUGCAUCGGCUCUGAUUUAUCUUUGGAUGCAUUGGUGUUAUGGUAACGCCCGGAUAGUACAUAUGUUCUCCGUCCACGGUCGCCGCGUGCGGGUGAAUGUGGCAAACCAGCUGGUUCGCGGGGGCGGGCCAGGAGCCGGGGAUUAUCAAAUGAACAGCGGGGCGCAAGGCGGUUACAAUUAUCCAACAGCCCCUUACCCCGGUGGAGCGGUUCCUUAUGGCGGAUAUUCCCAUCCACCACCACCGGCUCAUGGGGGCUACAUGGGCGGAGGCUAUAUGAACCCACCCAACCAGUAUGCGGGGAAUGAAGCCGGCGCUUAUACCACCGGCGCGCCAACGAACCACCCGAUGCCAGAUGGUCGAAAGGGCAGCAAUCAACCAGGAGGAUUCUAUCCAAACGGCAGUUCUUACCCUUACCCGCCAGGAGGGUAUGGCUACUAA